AUGUUUCUCAUAAUUAAUUUAUUUCUUAUCAUUACGGUUAUUUCACAUUCAAUUAAUGCAAAUUUUUCUAAUCAUUUUAAUAUUUCUUUUAAACCUUCCCUUGACAUUAAAUUAAAAAAUAUUUCAAGAGAAAUUUCGUUAUAUGGAAUAUUAUUUAAUCAACACAUCAAUAAACUGGAACAUACAUAUCUCAUUGGAAAUAUCUCAAUAGAAACAUUUUCUAUUGCUAUCAAACAGCAUGAAGCAAAUGUUACGUUUGUAACUAAAAAUCAAAAUAAUUAUCAAAAUAAAUGUGUAAAUAAAGAGAAUGUUUUAACAUUACAAACUUAUAAAUGCUUUCCCCAAUUUCAUGGUAUUUUAGUGUAUUUGGAGGAUUUUCCAAUUGAUAUUAAAUAUAUUUUUGAUGAAAUUUCAAUAACAUAUCAAAGAAAUAAUAAUUCUUUUGGUUAUGAAAAUUAUAAAAAAUUUAUUUUUAAAGUAAAUAGAAAAAUUAAUGAUGGAUCAGGAUUUAUUAAUAUAAAUGGUAAUAAUGGAACAUAUUAUCAAGCAUAUAUUAAGGAUCCAUACAUAUCUUAUAAUAAAAGUAUAAUAAAUAAUUAUAUAAAAGAAUAUAACUCCUCUAUACUAAAUGUUGAUUAUGAAAAAACUUCUAGUAUAAUUAAUUUAUUUGGGGAAGUUUUAAAUAAAAUUGAUACAACAAUUUCUGAUUAUUUAAUAUACCUUAAAAAAGAAUAUCCUUUAAAAGCUGUUGUUGGUAAUCUCAAAGAAAGUAGUUUAAUAAAACGUUUCUCAUCUGGUAACCGAAGCAUUGAUUUUGAUUUUUUUAAAAAUGAUGGAAUAUUUUAUGAAAUUGAUUGUUUUUACAAUAAAAUAAAAGUACAUUGUAUUGAAUUAAAUAAUGAAAUAAAAAUACCAUUUAAUAAAUAUAAUUUUACAAUUGGCAAACAGAUGGAAAGUAGUAUAAAUGUUACAACAUUAUUAAGAGGAAAUAUAUUUUAUGAAGUCAUUAGACAACCAUUUAUAGUUUAUCAUGACAAACCUACAACUUCUAUGAAAGAUGUAUUAUAUAAAAAUAAAAUUGCUACAUUUGAAUGUCCUGAUACUGGUUCAGAACCUAUUAUUAAUAAAGUAUGGAGUAUUAAGAUGAUAGAUAAAGGUUAUGCUAUGGAGAUAAAUAAUAAUAUUGAAAAAUAUGGUACAAAAUUUUAUUUUGAAAAUAAAAAAAGUCAUUCCAUGAAUUAUCAUUCUAUUCUUUAUGCUAAUAGUACUGAUUUUCAAAAAUUUGGCCACAUUCAAUGUACAGUUGUUAAUAAAUUUGGUGAAGGAAUAAUUAGUUAUCGUGUUAUUGAAUUAGAAAAAAUGAAAUCAUUAAUAUCAUUUACGGUUAGUAAAAUAGACAUCUAUAAUGGUGAUAGUGUUACAUUUAAUUGUUCAGCAUCUGAAACCCAUGACAAUUUAAAUUUACAAAUGUAUGGACCAUCUAUAAAUGGAUCUACUAGACUUCUUGAAAGUUUUGCUUUUUCAAAACAUGAAAAAAUAUAUAUUUUUGAAAGAAUUGAAUUACAAGAUUCUGGAGAAUAUUCAUGUCAAGGAAAUGUAAAUAGUGAUUUUAUUAUGGAAGAAAAACUUCAAAUCAAUGUCCAUCAAAGUGAUGUUAUAUUCCCAGAUGGAAAAGAAUUUAUCAAAAAUGUUAACAUUGGAAGUAAUGUUAUCUUGGAAUGUCCUAUUAUUUUACAAUCAUUUUCAUUUAUUCAAUGGUCAUUUAUUGAUGAAACCAAUAUAAAUCGUAUAAAAAAACCUAUAAAUGAUGUAGAUGGAAAUUUAUUUAUACAAGGAAAUAGAAGUUUAAUAAUUCAACAAAUGACUAUUAGUAACGUAGGCCAAUAUAUAUUUGAAAUUCAUUUUGAUGGUAAAAAAGAAGAAUGUAACUUCCGUGUAUUUACUGAUUUCAGUGAUCCUGUAGUAAAAAUAAAACAAAGUAACAAUUAUAUUGAUUAUGAAAAUAAACAAAUAUUAAAGCAAAAAGAAAUUAUUAAAGUUGGUGAACCAAUACACAUAACAUGCUUUGUUGAGUAUGAAUCAACUAUAAGUACUAAUGUAUCAAUUAUUAAAAAAAAUCAUAAUCAAAAUAUGGAAUUAAAUCAUGUUACAAAACAUGCAGGUGAUAAAGCAGAAAAAAUAAUUUAUUAUAAAAGUAAUGCUUCUAUAAAUGAUAAUGGAGAUUAUUAUUGUAUAGUUACAACAUUUUUCUUUAACAAAAGAGUCAUUUACGCAAAAACAAAAAUAAUUGUAACAAAUAAUGAGGAAGAUAAAAUGGACACACUUUCAAAAGAAUGUAAUAUUGAAUUUCCUGAAGCUCAAACUCAUAAAACAUUCUUUUUCCUUUUUUUUAUUAUAGGAAUAUUAGAAACAAUAUUAUUAAUGGGUAUAAUAUAUUUUUGUAUUUUUACAACAAUGUUAAUUUACAACAAAAAGAGACCAAAACGUUUCUGA